GUCUCUCAGCGCCCUUCCUCUUGACAUCCAUUCACAAAAAAGCUAUUGUGAAUUUGAGCACAGAAAUCUGAUUCUUCUGGACUUUAUUUUUUUCCAACUUGAAAACUAAGUUCGUAUCAUCAGGUGGACAUAAAGGCUCGCGGAGGUGGCACUGGACAGGACAGGUGACCUGCCUUCAGCCUUUAACAAUCACAGGUUUUUGAAAAGCCAUCUCCCUUUUCAUGACAUCUGGGCCUGCAUGCUUCACAUCCGAAAGGCACCCCGAGAGGAUUUCAGCAGACUUGGAAAGACUACCUGGCAGCUGCUCUGAGGAGGUGGAUUUGGUGUUUUUUUUCUGUUAUUGUGGAUAAUUCCGUGCUCAGAGUCUUUGCUUCCUUAGAAGGUGAAUGGUUGGCACGCAGGCCCAGUGAUUUCUCUGAAAUAUAUGUUUCUUGAGGACGGGGGUUUGGGAUCACCGAAGACUGAAACGCUAUCUUAGAUUUUUUUCAGUGACUCAGCAAGCCAGUAAUACGACCAGAUAUUUCAGUUUCAGAGUUACCAGAUGACAAUGGCACCUACCAAGUCCAUCCUCAGCGAGGCUGGACAUUGAAACUCUGCGUGUCCACUGAGCCGGACCUAGAAGAUUGAAUGAGCAUGUUUGGCACGGUACCCCUGAGCCUGAAUCGCCACCUUGUAGCCACAGGUUACGCACCUGGCCUCCUUCAAAUGCACUUAUAGCGCGUCGGUUUGACUUUAUUCUCCUCUCGGCACAGCUGAUUUUUCUACAUGUCUCCCACCAUGGUGGAACACAACGGCCUGGAUAUCAUGUGCCUGAACAAGUACUGCCACAGUUCCUCCUCUUCUUCCAGCUCCGAGCAAGACAAGAAGAUUUUCUCGAAGCUACGACUCAGUUUGUCAGGGGAAUAUCCGAGGAAGAACGCAGAGUUCCUAAGUGGCCAGUAUGGCACCAAUUUGCUGCUGAUCGGGGUGGCGUUGAUGCUGGCUAUUGCGCAUCAUGGCCCCUCUGUCAAGGAAGAGCACUUUCUGUCCUUCGUCACCUGCCUAAUCAUCCUCCAGCUGUUCUGGAUGUUGUGGUACAUCCUGGUGCGGGACAGACAGAAGAACACGCGGACUGAUAAAGAUGUCCACGCAACAACAUGUUGGAUCAGAGGUGGCUUGACUCUCCUUGCGCUCCUUUCCAUCAUUAUGGACGCUUUCCGAAUCGGGUAUUUUGUCGGCUAUCAGUCUUGUGUGUCGGCUGUGCUCGGGGUAUAUCCUGUCAUUCAUGCAACUCACACCAUAGCUCAGGUGCAUUUUCUCUGGUUUCACAUCAAGGAUGUUAUAAAGAGCUUUGAAACAUUCGAGAGAUUUGGUGUAAUCCACGCAGUGUUUACCAACCUCCUCCUGUGGUGCAACGGCGUGAUGUCAGAGGCUGAGCACUUCUUGAACAACCAUAAGAGAAGACUGUCUGCCCUGGGCUACGGAAACCACACCAUAGUUCACUCAGAGCCCCACUGUAACUGCACCACCAGCACUUGCUCCAUGUUCUCCAGCAGCCUUUACUUUCUCUAUCCCUUCAACAUCGAGUACCACAUCUUCGUCUCCGCCAUGCUCUUUGUCAUGUGGAAGAACAUUGGACGUACCAUUGACAUCUCUUCAAACCGGAAGCGGUUGGCUACCAAAACCAAGAGUCUGACCAUAGGCCCCAUUCUGGGUCUACUUGCACUGGCCAGCACUAUCGGGAUCCUGGUGGUCUACAUCACCCAUGUAGAGGAAUCCCUCAAAACUCGCCAGUCGACCAUUUCAAUGUUCUACAUUUACAGUAUUGUCAUGUUGGUGUUAAUGUGCUCUGCUGGUGCUUCAGGUCUGCUCAUAUUCCGGGCAGACCAUGUGCCACUGGACACAACCAAGAACCCAUCCAGGCAGCUGGACACAGAGCUGCUCUUUGGGUCCUCUAUCGGCUCUUGGCUCAUGUCCUGGUGCAGUAUAGUGGCUGUGUUAGGCACCAACAGCAGUCCUCCUUACCGCUGGACCAACCUGGUCUAUUCUUUGCUUAUUGUGCUGGAGAAGUACAUCCAGAACCUCUUCAUCAUAGAGUCUCUGUAUCGCAAGCAAGAGGAUGGGGAGAGGGACGACCCUGAGCUACCUGCUGCUCCAGAAAUCUUUUCGGUGACGUCCUCAAUGGCUCCACCGUACAAUGGCAUCAUCAACCGAGCUUAUGAGACUCCAGACAGAGCCUGUGUCACAAUCGAGAACGAGCAGGAGGAGAUCGGACAGGGGUACAGAUGUCCGCGGAAACCUUCUGAAGUGCCGCUACCUGUUGGAAACAAAGAGGAAGAGCCCCCAAAUAUAAAGAGGCAAAUCCUGAAGAAUAUUGCAGUGUUCCUGCUGAUGUGCAACAUUUCGCUGUGGAUACUUCCUGCCUUUGGCUGCCGCCCCCAGUAUGACAACGGGUUAGAACAGGAGACAUUUGGCUUCAGCAUAUGGACCACAGUUCUCAAUUUUGCCAUUCCCUUGAACCUUUUUUACCGCAUGCACUCAGUCGCCUCCCUCUUUGAGGUGUUCCGCCGGGUCUGACAGGAUAACACAUGACUGACGAUGCCAGAUAACAUGCACAGGAACACUCGUCACCACCGGCUCCCAAGAGUGUCUCACAGCUCUGGUCAACCGUUCAGGAGGCAGUCUGGGUCACACUCUGACAGACUAGAAAGCAAGCCGUGGAGACAGACAAAACGUAGAUCCCUCAGUGUGGGAAUAGCAGAGGAAGACCAACCUAUUAGCCAAUAUUCCUCGAAGAAUGAUCUUGAAUAAUGAGGACAUAUUAAUGAAGGUGAUUAAAAUAAUCUUUUGUUUCAACAACCUAAAGAGAACCCUUUGUACUCUUUGCCCUGUAGACACCUUUCAGUAGGAUUUUUUCUCUCGGGUGCAUCAUGUAAAAUGUAUAGGCUGUAUUGUACAUAAAAGAUGUGUACUGACUCAUAUGAGUUCCUGAAAAGGCAUCAUAGACUACACCUGAACAGAAUACUAUGAGCCACUGGAAUACACCAGUCAGUCUCACACACCUGACAAGGUUAUAGAACUGUGCUUUGCAGAUAAAUAGAGCUGAAAGAUCCACAGUGAACCACUUGACCCUUACUUUAUCUGCAUGUGAAGCAUUCAAAUUGUACAUGGAUGUAGUUCUCAUUUAUGUCUCUUAGUAUUUCAAGUAUUUCAUUGACUUGAGCAACAAAGAUAGUGACAAUAUAAGCACUACAGUUGAAUAAUCCUUAUGGGUUGGAAUUAAGUUCUCAUCCUGCCUGUGAGUCAUUUAAAGUUCAGUAGUGCUCUAUGGUAUGAAGUUUAUCUGUUCUGUGGUAAGUUAGGUUCAAAAUUAUGUUACUAGGCAGCGCUGUUUGCAUUGUAAUCCAGUCCUGUGAUCUAUGUACGUCAUUCAUUGAGAAGUGUGAUUGGAGAUCGUGAAUUUCCAGCUUCAUCCGUAUUGCGGAAAAGAGGAAAUCUUCCAUAGGAAUACACAUGAAAUGAUCAGACCAUUUUAAAAUAAAACGUUUAAAACAUGUUCGUGAAAUGCUAAUGUUGUUGUGGUGACAACCUGAACAACAACGACCAGCACUAUUAUACUUCUACCUGAAGGAUCAGCAACAACAAAAAACAACCCAGUCUGUAAAAUCACUUUCAUUUUGAUAAAACGCAGACAUUUUCUUGUACUUGUACUGUACAACUUUAUAUCAAAUCAAUGUAUAACUUCAGUUAGUCCAGCUAAUUCUCAACCUGGUGCUCACUGUUUGUGUUAUCACUAUGUGUUCUCACAAUGUGCCAAUUUAUGGUUAAAUCUUAUUUUCAAGGUACAAAAUGCCAUAUUAUAUCAUUUUUGUAAAUACUGUCAUGCUUUCAAAAUUAUUCAGAUACUGUGAUAACGAUUUUGUGAAAUUCUCAUAAAAUGGUGCUCAUAUGAAAUUAUGUGUAUAAUGGUGAUGAAUGUAUAUAUCUAUUGCCUGAAA